GAAUUUGCGCUCUCUCUGUCUCUCUCUUUACGCUUCACAUAAAAUGUGCAACUCACAAAAGGCAAGUAACGGUAAAGGCUCUCAACGGUCACAUAGAAAUUCAAAUUUGAACGUCUUCCGACCCAAGUACUACACAGUACAAGCGAAAACGCAAGAAGACCAAAGAUUUGCUCUCUUUCCCCUUAUUCCAACCCUAAACUAAUUCUUGCUGCAAGAAAGUUCCUAUUUUAACUGUUUCUAAACAUUUUUCCCAUUUCCCAAACGCUCCCCAAAGCCCUGAUCUUUAUGGAGAAUAGCCAAUUCACCAAUUUCUACCAAGAACCAGAAACUCAUUUCCCAACUUGCUCCGUUUCUAGGGUUUUUGAAUGGGAGAAAGAUGUAAAGCUGGACCCAGAAAGCAAAGAUUCUUCAAGGGAUGGAGAUUGGGAUUCUUUGGUUGAUUCUAUGGUUUGUGACUCCAACUCAAGACUAAUCCCGUCUGGGUUUUGUAGAUCCAAUUGCACAGAUGAUAUUGUGAUGUUUGUAAAUGCUGGAGGCGAAGUGAAUGAAGCUGAUUCAACUGUAAAAUUUAUUGGUGACACCAAUUUUGAAGGAGGAAAUGUUUUAAGAACCAACGAGCUUAUAAAUGAGGCUGGAGAUUACCCACUCAUUUAUCAAUCUGCGAGAUUGGGUAACUUUUGCUAUCGGUUCGACAACCUUCCUUCUGGAGGCUAUUUUGUUGAUCUUCAUUUUGCAGAGAUUAUAAACACAAAUGGGCCUAAAGGGAUGAGAGUGUUUAAUGUAUUCAUACAGGAAGACAAGGUCUUGUCAGAAUUUGAUAUCUUUUCUGUUGUUGGAGCCAAUAAGCCAUUGCAGUUAGUUGACUCAAGGGUCUCAGUGAAGGAGGACGGAAUAUUAGUGAUAAGAUUUGAACAAAUUAUUGGAAGCCCAGUUGUAUGCGGAAUUUGCAUAAGGAAAGCACCAAAAUUUUCAGUUCCUCAAAAGUCACAAGAAUAUCUAAAAUGCAACAACUGCGCUGCUGAAAUAGAAGUUUCUUCAGAUCAGAAGAAACUCAUGCGAACAAAAGCUACAGAGAAAUAUGAAAAGAAAAUACAAGAACUCAUUAAUGAGUGUGAGCGUAAGACAAAUGAAUGCCACGAGGCUUGGAUGUCAUUGACUGCUGCAAAUGAACAGCUGGAGAAUGUCAGAAUGGAACUUGAUAACAAGACCUUUCAGACACGCUCUCUAGAUCAAACUGUGGGGAAACAAUCUGAAAAUCUGAGGAAUAUCACCAGCAUGUAUGAACGUGAUAAAAAAUACUGGGCAGGAGCGGUCAAGAAUUUACAAGAAAGAAUUAAGAUAAUGAAAGAAGAGCAUGCUCAGCUUUCUCGCGAGGCACAUGAAUGUACUGAUUCAAUACCUGAGUUGAAUAAAAUGGUCACGGGAGUUCAGGCACUGGUUGCACAGUGUGAGGAUCUCAAGGCAAAGUAUAGUGAAGAGCAAGCAAAGAGAAAGGAGCUGUACAACCAAAUUCAGGAGGCUAAAGGAAAUAUUAGGGUAUUCUGCCGGUGUCGCCCAUUAAGUGAGAAGGAGAUAUCAACUGGACAUGCAACAGUUGUUGACUUUGAUGCAGCAAAGGAUGGAGAUCUGGGGAUUCUAACAGGUGGCUCCUCCAGAAAGACUUUUAAAUUUGAUCGGGUUUACACGCCAAGGGAUAAUCAAGUUGAUGUGUUUGCGGAUGCUUCGCCAAUGGUGAUCUCAGUGCUAGAUGGGUACAACGUUUGUAUUUUCGCAUAUGGUCAAACGGGGACAGGAAAGACAUUUACAAUGGAGGGCACUCAGCAAAACAGGGGGGUCAAUUAUAGGACUCUUGAGCAAUUAUUUAAAAUUGCGAAGGAAAGGAGUGAAACUUUUACAUAUAGUUUAUCUGUUAGUGUGCUUGAAGUCUAUAAUGAGCAAAUCAGGGACUUGUUGGCUACAACUCCAACAUCAAAGAAGUUGGAGAUAAAACAAUCUUCUGAAGGGUCUCAUCAUGUUCCAGGGAUAGUAGAAGCUAAAGUUGAUAACUUAAGGGAAGUCUGGGAUGUGCUGCAGGUUGGAAGCAAUGCUAGAGCUGUAGGAUCCAAUAAUGUCAAUGAGCAUAGCAGCCGGUCUCACUGUAUGCUAUGUGUAAUGGUAAAAGCAAAGAACUUGAUGAAUGGUGAAUGCACCAAAAGCAAGCUUUGGCUUGUGGACCUGGCAGGCAGUGAGAGGCUGGCAAAAACUGAUGCGCAAGGGGAUCGACUAAAGGAAGCUCAGAAUAUCAACAGAUCACUUUCUGCCCUUGGAGAUGUUAUAUAUGCUUUAGCAACUAAAAGUAGUCAUAUUCCAUACAGGAACUCUAAGCUGACACAUUUACUUCAAGAUUCAUUAGGGGGUGACUCCAAAACUUUGAUGUUUGUGCAAAUUAGCCCUUCAGAGCAGGACUUGAGUGAGACUUUGAGUUCAUUAAACUUUGCUACUAGAGUUCGAGGCGUUGAAUUGGGGCCUGUGAGGAAGCAAAUCGAUACAACAGAGCUUCAGAAGAUAAAAGUGAUGCUUGAUAAAGCAAGGCAGGAAUCUAAAUCAAAAGAUGAAUCACUAAGAAAACUAGAAGAAAACUUGCAAAUCCUGGAGAACAAGGCAAGAGGCAAAGACAAUAUUUACAAAAACCAGCAAGAGAAAAUUAAAGAACUCGAAGGCCAACUUGAAUUGAAGUCUACCUUGCAUAGCCAGUCAGAGAAGCAAGUCUCACAACUUUCAGAUAGAUUAAAGGGGAGGGAAGAUAUUUGCAAUGCUCUUCAGCAAAAGGUCAAGGAACUAGAGAACAAGCUUAGAGAGCGACAGCAGUCAGAUUCUGCAGCUUUUCAACAGAAGGCUAAGGAACUUGAGAACAAGCUGAAAGAGCAAGUGCAAGAGUCUGAUUUACAUUCCCUCAUGCUGCAAAAUAAGGUUAAGGAGCUUGAGAGAAAAUUGACAGAGCAGGAAGAGAACUCAGAGGUGUUGUUACUUCAGCAAAAGAUUAAGGAGCUAGAAGAGAAGCUGAGAGAGCAAGAUAAGCAAAUACAAUACAUGCAAGCUCAUGAUUUUCCUAGCACUAUAAAGGCCACACCCCAUGAAGCUAAAAUCUGUGCAAGAGAUGAUGAAUUCCUGAGUGACAUUGAAUCUCAUAUCCUAAGGAGUUCAAAUUCAAUUAACCGGCCUUUAAGUCAUGGGUCUACAUUGCCAAGAGGAAAUGCCAAUGAUAACCUUUAUGAAAUAAGAAAGAAAAGACAAUCCAGAAGUGCAGAAAUAGAGAAUAAUAUGAUACAUGACAACAGGGGCAGAAAAUCUGAUCCUCCCAAAAUUGCAAGGGUUAUGAGACCAACAGCAAAGCCAAUCACAGCUGCUGCUCAAGGGCCUUUGACUCACAAGAGAGUUGUCAGAGAUCAGCAGGGACAGGGAAUUAGAGAGAGGGAGGCUAAGAAAAAGAUUUGGUCUAGAUAGUAUUGCAGCAUUAAUCAUCAAUCAACACUGGUCUGUUGUUUUGUUCUUUCUUUUUUUUUUUUUUUUUUUUUUUUUCAUGUAUUCUUUCUUUUUUUUUUUUUUUUUUCUCAAUGUAUUUUAUCCUCUAAAAUAUAGUUCUUUGUUUUCGUAAUGUGUAUGGAAACUACAUUUUAAAGUUAAUAGAAAUGAAACUAUAACUUUUUUUCUUUUUUUUAAA